AUUCGCAAAGGGGCAUCGGCAGCUCGUUCCCUUCAGUGAGCCCCGCCACGAGUCACUUUGGCGAGCCUCACCGCGACGAGUCGAUGGCCGGCGACCCCGGAAUGCAAGUGUACGACGACGGUGUGUCCUAUCAUCUUGGGCCGAACCACUGGCUCAACCUUCAUGAUAUCGUCUUCGAACCGCGGUGUCUCUUCCAAGUCGACCAGGACAAGACCGGCAAGAACCCUGCCAGCGCGUCCUCGUGGCCUAUCGGCCGGACGCCCUCUCCGGCGAACCUUUCCCAUCUGCAUCUCGAGCCCGAGAAGGAAGACAUAUUGACGGAUCUCUUCCUUACACACGUCGAGCCUUUGGUCAAAAUGUGCCACGACGCCUACUGGCGGCAAGAAAUAACGGACUUCAGGGUUGGGGUCCACAAGACGCCUGUUGCUAUAGAGGCCGCCGUGUUCGCGACACAGGCCAUGACUGUGGCGGCCUUGCCGGCAAGCUUCGUCCAAGAGAGACUUGGGAAGUCCAAGAAGGAUCUGUUACGGCACCUUCAGGAGGCUUCCCAGCUGGCACUCGAGCGAGUCGACAUCAUGCGCAGCCGGAAACCCGUUGCCUUUUUUGCCUUGCUCUACCACAUUCAAAUGAAAUUCAUCGUUGGAGAUGGAGAAGUUGCUGUUGCUCUGCUUGGUCUGGCGGGUCGCUUCGGGACAAGACUUGGACUACACAGGAACCCCAGCCAUUAUAACUAUUCACCGUGGAUAGCGAAUAUGAGAAACCGGUUGUGGAGCCACUUCGAACUGAUGGACAACCCGUCGUAUAACCUUGAAGGCGCUGACUCUGGGUUGCCAUUCAUUUCCGACGUCCAGCCGCCGAAGAACGCAAACGACGCCCAGUGGGUGCCGAACAGAUUCGCGAAACCCGGCUCGGCGCCCCCGGACCAAGACGGCAUCACCGACAUGUCGUUCGCGCUCAUGCGGCAACAUCUGGCCAGGACCCUGCAGUCCAUCGUCCGGAAGCGUAACGACGUCAGCGCCGAGGAGCUUGGCCGCCUCGUGGACGAGACGGAAAACUUCAUCACGGCCAAGUUUAUCGUGCACGCGGACGGCUCCUCCCCCAUCCACGCCUUGAUAGUGUCUUACUUCCGCGGGAGCAUGAAGAGCAUGAGGCUCCUCGUUGACGGCAUCGCGGCCCGGUACAGCGGCGGCCCGGAUGCCGAGUUUAGGACAAGGCGAGUUACAUCCCCCGAAGGAAGCCCGUUCGAGGCCGAUCCGUUUUCUAACUUCUUUCGGGUCAGAUUCUAUCAAGAAGGCGUCGAGAUUCUCGAGGAGACGGAGCGAGGCGAAGCGGUGGCCGUCCAGAACCACUGGGGCUGGCUGUACUGGUGGCCGACGGCGCCGUACCUGAUUUGCAGCACCCUGAUCGGCCUCGCCCAGCAACCGAAACACCCAAUCACGGACCGGGCGUGGCGGCAGAUGAACAUUGCGUUCCGCAGGCACAACAACGAGGACGUCAGCAUGCGCAACUUCGCGGCGUGGCGGGUGAUCGAGGCGCUGUGCGACCAGGCGAUGCUCUACCACAAGCACAGGUCGCACCAGGGGGCCUGGUACGCCCAGAGGCUCGACCAGGCCCGCCCCGUGACGACUGCGCAGGGCAAGCCCCCGAUGAGCCUCGAACACGCGACCGUGGACGACAUCUUGGGCGAUGUCCAGAUGUUCGGCCAAGACGCCUCGCACCACGGAGGCAUCGGCUUCUACGGGCCGCAGCAGGGUCUCGGGACCAUGGGGUAUCCCGACUGGAGCCAGCCAGACCACCCUCACGGACAGGGCGUGCCGCCUGCGCAUCAGCCGCCUGAGGAUAACGAAGAGAUAUAAUUCACGUCACAAAUGCAA